CCGCAGAGAGAGAGAGAGAAAGAGAGAAAGAAAGAAAGAAAGAGAGAGAGAGAGAGAGAGGCGAAAGAAGAUGGCGGCCGUGCCAAGCGGAGCUGCUGUUGCUGCGCCCGCCGCGGCCGCGAUUUCGCACUCGGCCAGAACGACGGCGUGCUUGGGCGCCCCGAACCGAGCACCACCCGGCUCUGGGCUCGAGCACCAGAACCGAGCCGCACAAAACGCGGCGUGUUUGGCGAACCCCGGACACCCCGCGGUCGGCAGGCCGCCCCCAGCUCGAGUGGGCUACUACGAACUGGAGCGGACUAUCGGCAAGGGCAACUUCGCCGUCGUCAAACUCGCCACGCACGUCAUCACCAAAGCCAAGGUGGCGAUUAAAAUCGUGGACAAGACGCAGCUGGAUGACGACAAUCUGAAGAAGAUCUUCAGGGAGGUGCAGAUCAUGAAAAUGCUGCGACAUCCUCACAUCAUUCGCCUCUACCAGGUGAUGGAGACAGAGAGGAUGAUUUAUUUAGUAACGGAGUACGCCAGUGGUGGAGAGAUUUUUGAUCAUCUGGUGGCCCACGGGCGCAUGGCGGAGAAAGACGCACGGCGAAAGUUUAAACAAAUCGUGGCGGCUGUCCACUUCUGUCACUGCAGAAACAUCGUCCACAGAGACCUGAAGGCCGAGAACCUGCUGCUGGACCACAACCUCAACAUCAAAAUCGCAGACUUUGGAUUCAGUAAUCUGUUCUCUCGAGGACAGUUGUUGAAGACGUGGUGUGGAAGUCCUCCAUAUGCUGCUCCAGAACUGUUUGAGGGCAAAGAAUAUGACGGUCCCAAAGUGGACAUCUGGAGCUUAGGUGUGGUGUUGUACGUGCUUGUGUGUGGCGCUCUCCCGUUCGACGGCAGCACCCUCCAGAACCUGCGUGCUCGUGUUCUCAGCGGCAAGUUCCGCAUCCCGUUCUUCAUGUCCACAGACUGCGAGUAUCUAAUCAGGCAUAUGUUAGUAUUGGAGCCGAGCCGCAGACUCAGCAUGGAGCAGAUCUGUAAGAACAAGUGGAUGAGACAGGGAGACCCGGAUCCCGACUUUGACAGGCUGAUAGCCGAGUGUGAGCAGGUGAAGUCCGAGAGGGAGACGGAGCUGAUUAACGAGCAGGUUCUCAUGGCCAUGUCAGACAUGGGAUUGGACCGAGAUCGCAUUUUACAGUCACUGCACACAGACGCCUACGAUCACUACAGCGCCAUCUACAGUCUGCUAUUGGACAGACUCAAGAGGCACAAAACUCUGCGUGUGGCUCCUCCUGCCACCCCUCGCCCCAUCGGCUACCCCCUCAAUGCCGUGCAGGUGCGCUCCAUGGAUCAAGCUAACGCUGUUAGCAUGACUGUACCUCAUGUCCAGCUCAUAAAUCCCGAGAACCAGAUCGUGGAGCCUGACGGGACAAUGGCAUUAGACAGUGAUGAAGGGGAGGAGCCAAGUCCAGAGGCAAUGGCACGCUAUCUGUCAAUGAGACGGCAUACUGUCGGUGUUCCAGACCCCAGGACUGAGAUGAUGCAGGAGGAGUUGAAGUUGCCACCAGGGUUUGUUCGUGCCCCUCCUCAGGCACCAUUCCCCCCAUUGCCCCCCACAAUCACACACACACCUACCUUCAUGCCCACCCAGAGCCUGCAGCCAACACAGCAGCUUGAGUACAAGGAGCAAUCCCUUCUUCAGCCACCAACUCUGCAGUUGUUGAAUGGGAUGGGUCCGCUGGGUCGCAGGGCCUCGGACGGAGGAGCAAACAUCCAGCUUCAUGCACAGCAGAUGCUCAAGAGGCCACGUGGCCAGUCACCACUUGUCACCAGCCCUCAUCCUAUUCCAGCCGUUGCUCCCGUGGAUGAGGAGGGGUCAGACGGAGAGCCAGACCCAGAGGCAGUGCAAAGGUACUUGGCGAACAGCUCCAAGCGACACACAACGCACAACGCAGCGAGCUCGAGCUACACCUCUACCGAGCUCUCGAAUGACACUCAGAGAGCACGCACAAGGGGCUGGACCCCCGAGCACUCACGGUCGUCAUAUAAAGACUGUAACACACUGCACUUACCAAUGGAGCGCUUCUCUCCUGUGCGACGCUUCUCUGAUGGAGCCGCAACGAUCCAGGCUUUUAAAGCCCAGCUAGAGAUUAAACAGCUCAAGCAGGAGUGUGAGCAGCUGCAGAAGAUGUACGCUGCACCACAGGAUGAGAAACUACUGGAACACACACAGCAACAGCAUGUCCUCUACCAGCAAGAACAACAGAUCCUACACCAGCAAAUACAGGCCCUUUCUUUGGGACACGGAGAAAACCAGCCCAGUCAUCUUACCCAUCAGCUACAAAGGUUGCGUAUUCAACCCUCCAGCCCACCACCUACACAUCCCAGCAACCACCUCUUCAGCCCAGCCAAUCAGAGUCCACCACCAGGAAACCAAGGGAUGAUGCCAGGACAUGGUGGGCCAUUCCAGCACACCCCUGAUUUGUACCAAUCCUCCAGUGGCAGCCCACCCCCUUCUACCCUGCCCUGCAUGACCAUGGCCAAUCAACAGCCACCUCAGCAGCCCCCUUGCCCUACACACGCAGCCGUCACGUUAGCUCAGCAGCAGCAGCAGCCGGUGACCAUCCAGGUGCAGGAGGUGGAGCUUGGGGGUGGAGCACAGAGGCAGAGUUUCCUAGCGACGCCAUGUCACAGAGUAUUGGGGAAGCAGCUGAGUGCAGACAAUGCCGAAACACACAGCCGCAGUCUGGGCCGUUUCCACUGCUCAACAUCGGCGUAUGAGCAUGCCCAGUUCAGCGCCCAUGUAGGCGCAGGCCCCUACAAUCCCUAUGCCCAGGCAGCAUCCCUCAAAGUGCCUGGCCUGGACGGUUACCCUGGUUAUGGCAGCCCGUCGGCCCUGCAGCAGGCACUGCUGUCUCCAACGCCUCUGGAGUACCGAGUGACGCAACAUCAACAACAGCAGCAGCACCAACACCAUGUCACACCAGUACUUCAGGGACUGCUCUCACCACGGCACUCACUAACGGGCCAUGCUGACCCACGUCUGACAGCACAUGACCUCGCUAACCUGCUCAAACGCUCCAGGCCCGCUGUACCCGCCAUCCCCACUAACAACAACAACAAUCCUCAACCACCUCCACCACCAGAGUACAACGACAACCUGCUACUUAAUCAGGACUAUAGUGACAAUCUGCUGAUGCUGGAUCCAUCCCAGCCUGCACCUGCACCACAGGCUCCGCCCCCAACACACUACCAUCACCACCACCACCUGCUGCAGAUUCGGACUCCGCCUUCAGAGUGCCAAGCUCCGCCUCUUGCUCACUCAGAAAGCAUGGAGGAGGAUGAUGUCGCUGCCGCUUACCAUGAUGGCCUGCUGGCCAAGGUCACCACCACAACAGCUCAGAGAGUGGUGAUGGAGGCUGAUCCCCGUUCUGUUCAGGGAGACGCGUAUCGGCCCCGGGCCUCGCUGCAGCGCCAUCAUACCAUCCAGACAGCCGAUGAUGCCUACGAUCAGGCAGAAAUGUCUGGAAUGAGCCUCUUGGCUGGGAAGGCGCUAAGCUCUGCCCGCAUGUCUGACAUUCUUAGCCAGACAUCUCUGGUCGGAAGCCAGCAUCUACACCAGAGGGAGGAGUCGGUGUGUAACGUGGAGGACGAGCUGCACUCGGCUUCGUGUUACCCCUCCUCCUGCACCAGCGACAUGCUGCUCACCUAUAAACCCCAAGACCUUCAGUACAGCAUGGAGCAGGCUGGUGUCUAACACGCAGGUGUUUGUGCAGUGUGUAUAAAGCUCCAUAUCCGUCUCCUGUGUUCAGCUGCGUCAUGCCAAACCUCCAUCGUGUGUGUCUGCGUGUGUGUGUAUGUAUGCGCAUGUGUGUGUGCGUGCAUGUGCGCACCCUCCAAGAAGAGGAAUGCUCAUCGUCUUGUUUUCCUCACCGAUUGGACGAACUGGGUGACUCCCUGUCGCUCUGACCCCGCCCCUAAUCAUCAACCUGCUCCUCCUGGACUGCCCUUUCUGUCUUGUCGACGUCACCAACGCGAGGCAUCUGCGCACAGUCUUAUGUAGACACAUCUGUAUAAAUAUAAACACACACACAUAUUCUCUCUCUAACACACACACGCACACAAACACAGAUCACACACAAAGCCACAAACCCAAAGUAUUUCACAAAAAGCCUGUCCUUUGGUUGUUUUUUUGUUUGUUUUCUGAAGCGGGGUAGCGUCAGCAUUUCAUAACCUCCCCCAUCUGCAGCGCUAAAAUGGAUCAUUCCAGAACAGCACUGAUAGCAGCCCAGCGUGGAGCGGUCUAUUCUGUUACGCUGGCGGGGGUGGACGGGCCCGGAGACAUGGCACAGGAUGACCAGCUCUCAUUUGUUUCGUCUCCUUCUUCUCUCUCUGUCUUUCUUCUUUUCCUUCUUUCUUUUUUUUUUUUUUUUUCUUUUUUU